CAGUCCAAUCCAAACCCGAUGUCCCGCGUCUCCUCUUCUCUUAUCUCUCUCCCGGUGAAAGCUUACUGGCUUCUCCGACACCACCGACGAAUGGACUAGACUUAGCUGCCACAAUCCCAUUAGUUUCAUCCUCCUCGGCUUCCGUUUCAGAAACACAAUCAUGGCGGGAAGCACCGCCUUCACUUUCGCCUCCUCAAAUGCCGUUUUCCGCUCUUCAUUAUCUUCGUCGCUUUCCUUCUCCACGAACCCUUUCAUCAUUCCCAUGAGGGUUUCCCGCAGAACUCCUUCCCGCUCCAGUUUCCCAAAGAUUUACGCUAUAACUAGCAAUGAUAUCAAAGUGGGUACCCAGCUUGAAGUUGACGGAGCUCCAUGGAAAGUCUUAGAGUUCCUUCAUGUGAAACCAGGGAAAGGGGCAGCAUUCGUCAGGACCAAAAUGCGGAAUUAUAUAACGGGAAACACCGUCGAGAAAACUUUUCGGGCUGGAAGUCCGAUGGAAGAGGCAAAUGUAUUCAAGGAAACAAAGCAGUAUACUUAUAAAGAUGGAGCUCAGUAUGUAUUCAUGGACCUGGUAAAAUUUCGCAUCUUCUCUUUUCUUACUUUGUUUCCACUCACAGAGUUUGCAGCCUUCUAGUAACCCUCAUUGUUGCUUAAUGGCUUCGAUUUCGCGACUUGCUGAUACUUCAGAUAAAAUGUGGUUCUUUCUCUAUAUCGCAAAUUAGCAGCUUUUGAUUUUUCUCAGACCACAUAUGAAGAAUCCAGGCUGAGCGAAUCAGAUCUUGGAGAAAAGACCAAGUGGCUGAAAGAGGGAAUGGACUGCAAUUUGAUAUUCUGGAAAGGGAAGGUAAUUGAUUUUGAUCUUCCAAUCACGGUAAAGCUAGCGGUUGUUGAUGUUGAUCCUGGUCUUAAAGGCGACACUGCUCAAGGUGGAACUAAACCGGCAACACUCGAUACAGGUGCCGUGGUGAACGUUCCGCUCUUUGUCAACAUUGGUGACGAGAUACUGGUGGACACAAGAACUGGGCAGUACAUGAGCAGGGCGUAAAAUUGAGAGUUUUCUUGCGGAGCGGUUUAGAUAAGAUGGGAGAGAUGCAAUGCAGGGUAGAUUUUCUACAUAACUAUUGUAAUCUGUCAACCAUGAAUUCAUCUCAAUAGUAUAAGUUUUGCAUACAAUAUACAUAGCUGCUUAAAACUUACGUGUGUGGCUCAUUCUGAGGAACCACCCCUCGAACAAGUGCCGAGCUAUAAACAGAAGAAGCUCCAAAAUACAUGCAUUGCCGAUUCAGUUCGUCAAUCAAACUGUCAUAUGACAAUCUGGGCAGCUGUAUAUGGUUUUCUAACAUGAGAACUAGAAUACCAACUGCCUUAUUUGCCUCCCCUCUUUCACAAAGAGUUCGAAUCAAAAUGUUCAGAGUGAUUACUCUCGGCGUGCUACCCAAGUUAAUCAUCUCCCGCAAACUCACCAAAGCGUCGUCGACUUUAUUCAACCGACAGAGGACCUCGAUAACAACGUUAUAAGCCCUGCAGUCUAUGGUGAAGCCCCUCUUUUUCAUUUUCUCGAACACCUGGUGUGCAACUUGAAAAAGACCAUCAUCGGCCAGUGUCCUCCUAUUGCACAAACCUCUCAGGAGAUUGUUCAUCAACCCUUCAUCAGCUUCAUAACCGCAACCCACCAUUUGCUCGUAUAUUCGGGCAGCAGCUGGAAUUUGCCGCCACAGCAACAAACCUCGCAACAAUGUGCUAUAACAAACGUAAUCAGGCGAUAAACCUCUCUGUUCCAUCUGCUGCAACAGUUUUAUUCCUUUUAGGGGCCUCCCUUCCUUAUUAUACCCAUGGAACAGAGCAUUGAAACUGACUGCCGUUGGCUGUAACUCCAUCCCCAAAGCUUCGUUCAUCAGUUCCAUCGCCUCGUCUGAUCGACCCACUCUGCAAAACCCGUCCAUCAUCACCGUGUACGUGUACAUAUCGGGUAGCACAGUGGACAUUUUCUUGAUAUCUUGCAGCAGCUCAAAUGCUUCUUCCACUCUCCCCACAUAACACAAUCCCUUGAGCAAGCAAUUGUAUGUUUGAACAGAAGGUUUCCUCCCCACCCUUUCCAUCAUUUCAAGAGCCCGAAACGCUUUCUGCAAUUUCCCCCUUUGACAGAAACAGUGGAUUAAUGUGGUGAACACUGUGACUUCUGGCGGGGCACACCCACUGUCCAGCAUCUGAUUCAAAACCCUUUCCGCUUCUUCAACAUCGUUUCUCUUGCAGUGGCAUUCGAUCAUGGCUGAAAAUGUGGACGAAUCAGGCUCCAAGCCGUAGGAUGAUAAUCUGGAGUAGAGUUGCAGGGGGAGGUCGAGAUUGAGCUUAUUGCCCGCGACCAAUGCAUUGAGAAGGUCGUUGAAGUCUGAAAUGCAACCAAAGUUGCCAUCUUUCUCGAAAUUGGCGAGUAGGGUACUCAUCCGUCUACCAGGUAAUGCUCUAAUUGCAGCCACGAAGAGAUUCUUCUCGAAACUGCCUCGCCACUGGUGGUCUCCUUCUUCUUUUUCUUCGACGGAUAAGGUUCGACAGUUGUCAAUCGAAUUGAUUUCCUUUAACCCAUGCUUCUCCGCAGUGAGGCAUGGAAGAUUGGGAUGUUUGGCCGCGGAAAUCUUCGUGGAUGUUGGUGGAAGGAAAUUGACGGCAUCAACUCUCGGGAAUUUGCAAGUGUCGUAGUAGUUGCUGACGAACACAGGAUUGCAGAUUGAAGGAAAGCGGAGAAUCGCAGACGACGGAGGCAUCAUGGGAUGAGCACCGAGGAAAACGCGAGGAGACACGGGAAGAGACUAGAGAGUGAGAAAGACGCAAAAGUUAAACUGCUAACAGGGAAAUCUGUUAGCACAUACUGAGAGAUGAUAGCCACGUCGGCCCACA